GCCGUCUGUUUUCUACACACACACACACACACACACACACACACACACACACAAACAACGUCAGAGGCAUGAUAUGGUCCGGGGUAUUCAGUCGUGCAUAUUUGUCUGAGGGGUCGAGACAUGGACUUUAGCCAAAAGAAGCAUUGAAGAGCGCCUGACCGCCUCAUCAGCUGACCUCGGAAAAUUGAAAGGGGGGGAAGUAAAAUAGCGUGACGCGAGGCCACGUCCAGUCCCACGAUGGCGAUCCCUGGUGACCUCUCCCUCUUCGGCUCCGCCUCCUCCCCCUAUUCCGCCACGGAGCUCUAUCCGAACGCCUCCCUCCCCCCGCCCGCUCCCCACUGCCCCGGCUGGACCCCCGUGCCCAUGACCGCCGUCAUCCCCGCCCUCUACGGCGUCAUCGCCGCGGCGGGCACCGUCGGCAACGCCCUGGCGGCGUGGGUGCUGGCCCACGCCAGCGCCUCGCGGCAAACCGUGGCCAACACGUUCAUGCUGAACCUCUGCGUGUCCGACCUGCUGUUCCUGCUCACCCUGCCGCUGUGGGCCGUCUACUACUCCCGCGACUACGACUGGCCCUUCGGCCGGGUCGCCUGCAAAGUCUGCGGCGGCCUCCUCCACUUCAACCUCUAUGCAUCCAUCUUCUUCAUCACGUGCAUGAGCGUCGACCGCUACCUGGCCAUCGUGCGCCCGCUGCGCUCCCAGAGCGCCAGGUACCCCAAGCGCGCCCGCCUCACGUGCCUCCUGGUGUGGCUGCUGGCGUGCGCUUGCUCUGCCCCCACCUUGUAUCUGAGGGACACUUACCCCCUGGGGGGGCAAGGCGUGGCGGCCUGUGGGAUCGGCUAUCCUAAUCCCACCUGGCAUCUGACCCUGGUCUGGAUGAAGAUCGCUCUGGCCUUCCUGCUGCCGCUGUUCGUCAUCUCCUGUUGCUACGGGGCGAUCGGCAGACAUUUGUUGGCUGACACGGGGCUCGUGAGAAUGCACGCCACCAGCACGCCUUCUUUUAAAUCACCCGAGUCCAAGGAGAGCGGUAAAACGGAGAGACCUCCGACCCCCCUGUCCGGAGGGGGCAGGCCCCUGGAGGGCAGGGGGCUUGAGCGGGUGUUGUGGACGGUCGCCGCCGUGGUCCUGGCCUUCUUCAUCUGCUGGUUCCCCUUCCACUGCGUGACCUUCCUGGGCGUUCUGAGGCGGGCCGGCUGGCUGGACAGCUGCUGGGUGGACUGGACCCUCCACAACCUCACGCCGCUGACCCUCUGCCUGGGGUUCUCCAACUCGGCCAUCAACCCGGUGCUCUACUGCUUCCUCGGCAACCACUUCCGGAGCCGCCUCGGGGGGCUCUGCAAGGGCCUGUGCGCUUGUCUGAAGGCCCACCGGGAGGACCGCAGCCAGAAGAGGGGCUCCUUCAGCACCAGGCUGAGCUCCUUCUCUCGGAAACUCAGUGACCUGAAAGACCUGGCGAUUGUGGAGCCCCCCGGGCCCCCCACUCCAACCGGCUUCACGCUCAGCGUGGAUGUGUGAGACGGAGCUGUAACUACGAGCCCGAUGCCGCCCCGCGAAGACCGAAACAAAGUUAUGACAAAAGAUGAAGCUGAGAGGUUCAAGUAUAUAUUUUUUAACAGAUAAGUUAUACAUGUCAUGCCUCUAAUGCUGCAGCCUUCAGUUUUAUUAAUUCCACUGGACACAACCUGCUCAGAUACAGCCAGCGACUCACUGGAUCAGAAACAUGGAGGAGCUGCUACGUUCUUUCUUUCUUUGUAGCCGUAUGGUUGGAUUUAGCUGCCGCCUCGUUUAUGUGCUGCUUGAUCACAAAGAUGUUGGAUGAUGUCAGAAAGAGUUUUUGUUGCUUUCCCUAAGGCUAGCUGUGGCUAUCAGCUAGUUGCAAUUGAGGCUAGCUGUGGCUAUCAGCUAACUUCAAUUGAGUGUAGCUGUAGCUAUCAGCUAACUUCAAUUGAGGCUAGCUGUGGCUAUCAGCGAGUUGCAAUUGAGGCUAGCUGUGGCUAUCAGCUAACUUCAAUUGAGUGUAGCUGUAGCUAUCAGCUAACUUCAAUUGAGGCUAGCUGUAGCGAGCAGCUAGUUUCAAUUGAGGCUAGCUGUAGCGAGCAGCUAGUUUCAAUUGAGGCUAGCUUUGUUUAUCAGCUAACUUCAAUUGAAGCUAGCUGUAGCUAUCAGCUAGCUUCAAUUGAAGCUAGCUAUGGCUAUUAGCCCGCCUAAAUUGAAGCUCAUUUUUGUAGUUAUGCUUUCUCAGAAUGUAUACACUUCUAUGGCAUUACAAUGUUUAAUAUGGUAUCUCUCCAUAUCCACUGAAUGUUUUAUUACAGCAUUUUGGCUUUGCAGACCAUUAUGAAAUACAGAAGUACGGGGAUAAUUAUUUCAGAAUUUUUUGGGUGGGAUCAAUACAUUGUGUAUGUGUAAUCAUAAGACUUGUAACAUUUUGUAUCGUAUUAUUUUGCAUUAAGACAGUUUAGGACAAUUAAAAUGACGAAAAAUAAUACGAAAUAAAGUGAACAAUAUAAAAUAUGCUA